AUGCCUCGUUGCGUGCAGAACAUGUCCCCGGAAAAGUUAGGGUCCUCAUCCGCCACCAUAGGGCACCCGAACACUGGGGAGAAGGGGUCCACCACCGAAAUCCGGAAGGAGAAGUCCCGAGACGCAGCGCGAUGCCGACGCAGCAAGGAGACGGAGGUGUUCUACCAGCUGGCCCACACCCUGCCCUUCGCUCGGGGGGUGAGUGCCCACCUGGACAAGGCCUCCAUCAUGCGGCUGACCAUCAGCUACCUAAGGAUGCAUAAGCUGCUGAAUUCUGGAGAAUGGCGAGAUCAAGUCAAAGCGGAGGAGCAGGUGGACUCUUACUACCUGAAGGCCUUGGAUGGCUUCCUGAUGGUCCUGACUGAGGAAGGGGACAUGAUCUACCUCUCGGAGAAUGUCAACAAGCACCUGGGCCUCAGCCAGUUGGAGCUGAUUGGCCACAGCGUGUUUGAUUUCAUCCACCCCUGUGAUCAGGAGGAGCUGCAGGAUGUGCUGAGCCCCAGGCAGGGUUUCUCCAAGAAGGGGGAAGUGAAGACGGAGCGCAAUUUCUCCUUGCGCAUGAAGAGCACUCUCACCACCAGGGGGCGCACCGUCAACCUCAAGUCGGCCACCUGGAAAGUGCUGCACUGCUCUGGGCACAUGCGCUGUUAUGCGCCUUCCAAGCCGGCCGCGGGGAAAGAAGGGGAAGGCGGCUUUACGGAGCCCCCGUUGCGCUGCCUGGUGCUCAUCUGCGAGGCGAUCCUGCACCCCGCCAACAUUGAGACCCCCCUGGACAGCGGCACCUUCCUCAGCCGUCACACCAUGGAUAUGAAGUUUACCUACUGCGACGACAGGAUUGUCGAGAUGGCUGGUUACACCUCCGAAAGCUUGCUCGGCUGCUCCCUCUACGAGUACAUCCACGCCUUGGAUUCGGAUUCCGUCAGCAAGAGCAUCAACACCCUGCUAAGCAAGGGCCAAGCCGUGACCGGGCAGUACCGCUUCCUAGCCAGGAAUGGUGGCUACAUCUGGAUCCAGACCGAGGCCACCGUCAUCUCCAGCAGCAAGAACUCCCAACCCGAGAGCAUUGUUUGCAUGCAUUUCGUCUUGAGUCAGGUGGAAGAGAAUGGCCUGGUGCUGUCCCUGGAGCAAACGGACCGCCAAGGGGAGCAUCGCCGGCUGCCCCCGCCCUGCCUCGAAGGGCUGGACUCCGAGAGCGCCUUGGAUGAGAUGGACCCCAACGGAGGAGACACCAUCAUCAACCUCAGCUUUGAGCUUCGUGGUCCCAAAAUCCUGGCCUUCCUGCGCCCAGCCAACAUCAGCGAGGAGGAAUUGCAGCUGGAUCCCAAACGCUUCUGCAGCCCGGAUCUCCAGAAAUUGCUGGGGCCCAUCUUUGACCCGCCUGGGACUCAGAACUCAGCAGGGGGGGCCGUGCGGGCAAAACUCCCUGCCCCGAUUGCCAAGCUGGCUCCAGUGGUUAAGAAGGCGUCUGGAAACCACGAUUCUGCCUGGCUCCCAUUUCCACUGGGAACUCUCUGCUCCCCCUUGCAGGAUUACGAAGGCCUCGACCUGGAGAUGCUGGCUCCGUACAUCUCGAUGGACGACGAUUUCCAGCUCAGCAGCACCGACCACCCGCCCUGGCUGGCCGAGAAGCGAAGAGAUCCGGCGGGGGCAGGAGCCCGGCCUGUUUCCCCCCCUCCCAGGCCUCGGUCUCGAAGUUUCCACGGCGUCUCUCCGCGCCCACCAGAAGCCCCCACCCUUCCCCGCUGGGGCAGCGACAGCAGUUUGAGCCAAGGCCGUCCUGUCGAGACACCUCUGGCCAACUCGCCCUGCGGAGAAGGCCAGAUGGUGGAGAUGGUGGCGUCGGUCAAGAUCCAGUCUGUGCAGGACGGGGCCGGUCUGAAUGGCCACAGGUCCCCCUUGGGCGGGAAAAAGAGGGCUCGGGAGAUUAGCCUGGAUGAAGAGAGGGAUCUCUUCCUGGAAACCAGUCCCCCCAAGCGUGCCCAUAACCACGAGGCUGAGGGAUUCCUGAUGCCCUCGCUUAGCCUGGGCUUUCUGCUCAGUGUGGAAGAGUGUCUGGAUGCCCGGUCCGAGCGGGGCUGCGGGGGCACUGUAGCCCUGGGCAAGAAGCUGCUGGCCCUGGAGGAACCCAUGGGCCUCUUAGGAGACAUGCUGCCCUUCGUGGUGGACGGACCAGCGCUCUCCCAGCUGGCCCUGUACGAUGGCGAGGAGGAGGUGUCCGGGCGUGGUGGAGAGCACUUCCAGCUGGGGGAGGAACUCCUGGUGGAGCUGGACCAGGCCACCUGAAGUGGCGCCCUUGACCACCACCCCCUCCACACCUUCAUCCCACACUCCUGCUCUGCAGAUGGGACACCCGGAACCAAAUCCAACCAAAUGCCCUCGGGGAGGGGU